AUGUUACAACCUCGACCAUCUUACUCGUCAAACGGACAUGAUUGGCCCGAUGACACAAAAUCGUAUUCCUCCACUACCAAUCUCAAUGCGAAAGAAUGGGGGGUGGGAGAAGUCGUUCCUCCCCUUCCAUCAGGAUAUCCUCCUCGUCCCCCUCUCUCACCUUAUGGUGGUGGCAUGUAUGGAGCUCCUUCUCCAGUUCCCAGUAAUUACAACGGAGGAGCUCAAUGGCAUCAGAUCAGAAAUCAAUUGUUGGAACGACGCGUCGUACAACAGGUUCCUCUCAGUAAUGGGAAUCUGAUCAUGGAUAUCCCGGUACCCCGGGGUGUGAUACCUACCACUCAGGGAUUGGGACUGCAAGAGGAAGAGAUGAACAAGAUGAGGUAUUCUGCGGCAACAUGCGAUCCUGAUGAUUUUAUGAGGAACAAGUUCACGCUUCGACAAUACCUAUGGGGAAGAAGGACAGAGCUAUUUAUCGUCAUGACCAUGUACAAUGAAACGUCAGAUCUACUCCUCCGCACUCUCAACUCGGUCAUCAAGAACAUCGCCCAUCUCUGUACCCGGAACCGAUCCAAGACAUGGGGUGCGGAAGCGUGGAAGAAGGUAGUUGUCUGCAUCGUAGCAGACGGUAGAAAGGUGGUGGAUCCCCGGGUGCUAAAGGUCCUUCAACUAAUGGGUGUUUAUGCAGAGGGUGUGGCAAAGGACCAUGUAGCCGGCAAGGAAACCCAAGCUCAUAUAUUCGAAUACACCUCGCAGGUCGUCGUGUCUGAUAGUGGAGAAGUGGGCUUUGGAGCAGUACCUGUUCAGCUGUUAUUCUGUCUCAAAGAGCAAAACAAGAAGAAGCUCAACAGUCAUCGAUGGUUUUUCAACGCAUUUGGACCAUUGAUCAAGCCUAAUGUCUGUGUGUUGCUUGAUGUCGGCACCAAACCCUCGGGCAAGAGCAUCUACGAACUGUACAAGUGCUUUGAGAAGCACCCCAACGUCGGAGGUGCCUGUGGCGAGAUCUUUGCCGACACUGGUAGAUUUGGCAAACUCCUUUUCAACCCUCUCGUGGCCGCCCAGAAUUUUGAAUACAAGAUGUCCAACAUUCUCGACAAGCCAUUCGAAUCUGUCUUCGGACUGAUCUCCGUCUUACCCGGUGCUUUCUCUGCUUAUCGUUAUGCGGCCGUUGCGAAUCACCCUGAUGGUUCUGGCCCCCUGGCAGCAUACUUCCAUGGAGAACUCAUGAACCUCCCAGGCGCCACGGCCAGCAUAUUCGAUCGUAACAAGUUCUUAGCUGAAGAUCGUAUCUUAGCAUUCGAAAUCGUCGUGAAGAAGAACGCUCGGUGGAGAUUACAAUAUGUCAAAUCUGCCAAAGCCGGUACUGAUGUUCCUAAUCGAAUACCAGAGUUCAUCUCUCAACGUCGAAGAUGGCUCAACGGUUCGAUUUUUGCUCAGACAUACGCAAUGGUAUCUUUCUACCGGAUUUGGACUAGUGGCCAUGGGAUCAUUCGAAAGUUCUUGCUCACCAUCGUCACCUUAUACAACUUGGUUAAUCUGAUCUUCAAUUGGCUUUCUCUUUCGUCAUUCUAUCUGGCCUUCUUCUUCCUUCUCAGCUCGAGUGUUACUAGUGGUUCCGAUCCAUUUGGUGGUGCUGGCGACGAUGUAUUCCAGAUCUUCAACAAGGUAUACAUUGGGCUCAUUUUCGUGGUACUGGUCUGUUCACUUGGUAAUCGGCCGCAAGGUUCCAAAUUCAUGUACACCUUAUGUAUCGUGCUCUUCGCUGUUUGCCAAGGUAUUCUGUUGUAUUGUGCCGGAUGGACGGUGUACCAAUCGGUCCCUCAUACUGCUGCUGGAUGGUCCGACGUCGAUGCCUUGUUCCACAAUAGGACAUUCGUUUCGCUUGCUUUGUCUCUGCUUGCUACAUACGGCCUCUACCUCAUCUCCUCGUUGCUCUACUUCGAACCAUGGCACAUGUUGACAUCCUUUUUCCAAUACCUUCUCCUCCUCCCUUCCUACGUCAACAUCCUCCUCAUUUACGCAUUCUGCAACUUGCACGAUGUAUCAUGGGGAACGAAAGGCGACAAUGGUGCAUCCAAAGAUCUUGGUCAAGCUAAGAAAGUCGAAAAGGAUGGACAAGAACUCGCAGAAGUUGCCGUUCCUACUAAACUCGAAGACGUGGAAGCUUUAUGGUCUCAAGCCAGACAAGAACUUCGAGUACCUGCUAAAGAAGUACAUGAAAAACGAUCUGCCGAGACGAAAAGAAACGAUCAAGAUAGAACAUUCAGAACCAACGUCGUACUACUUUUCUUGGGUUGUAAUCUUCUCAUCAUUCUUUUAUUCACCAGUUCUGUAUUCACCAAUUGGCUCAACAAACAUUUCGCAGAAGCAAGUAGUAGCGCUUUCAAUCCUUACCUCACAGUGAUCUUUUAUGCUGUCUUGGGAUUGUCGGCGGUGAGAGCGGUGGGAUGUGUAUUGUAUUUGGUAUUAAGAUUGAUAGGUUAUUGA